UGUUCCUGAAACAGAGCGAUGAUAUUCAACAAGAAAACGACGCCGGAGCGCAAACAGUUAUUUGACAGCUAACCAAGCUUUUUAAAAGCGCCUUUGUGAUUGGUGAGUUGGAGCAAACAUCUAUUGGUCUUUGGAUUUGAAAGGAAAUGAUGGAGGGGAUGCUGAUUUUAAAAUCUGCUACCCCCAGUCGUUCCCCCCGUUAUCCCCCCUCGCCAUCUACAAGUGAUGCUCAAGAAGACUCGCAUCUCGGACGGUCUUCAGUGGCUCCUGGUGCAGAAGUUACAGCCGUGCCCCCAACACCACCACCGCCACCUCCCCCACCACCUCCUCCCCUGGCCUUUGGCUCUCGUAGCAUCCAAAGGUGUUCAAUGAAAAAGCUGAACUGGGACACAAUACCCAACCAUCAUGUGCUGGGGAAGCUGAACGUGUGGACAUCCCAACGGACCCAGAGGGAUCUGGUGCUGGAUAUACGAACCAUGGAGGAGCUGUUCAGUUCAGACAAAAGUGCAUCACUUCGCUCCUCCAGAGUCCUGGGUUUAAGUAAGAGUGAGGGGAUGAACUUGUGCGGACUGGAGUCUCAGGUCACAAUAUUGGAUUCCAAACGGUGUAUGAAUGUUGGGAUCUUCUUAAGACAUUUCAAAAGGCCUGUGAGUGAAAUUGUGGAAGACAUUCGUCAGGGUAACUGGCUUAAGUUUGGAAAUGGCAAACUAAAAGAGCUGUGUAAGCUGCUACCUGAAGAAAGUGAGGUAAAACGGCUACUGUCAUACAAAGGGAAACUCUCAGUGUUACCAGAGGCAGACCAGUUUAUGCUGCAGCUCAUUAAAGUAUCUGGCUAUAAAGAACGUCUGAAGGUGAUGGUUCUGAGGGAGGAGUUCUUUCCCCUCAUGGAGGAAGUGAAGAACGCCAUUGCUGUCAUGACCAAAGCAGCUAGUGAACUGUUAGACUGUGAUGAUCUGCAUUCAGUGAUUCGACUGGUAUUGAAAGCUGGGAAUUACAUGAACACUGGUGGUCACAGUUCAAACGUCAUUGGAUUCAGGAUGACUUCUCUGCUGAAACUGGCAGACACCAAAGCCAACAAGCCUGGCAUGAACCUAUUGCACUAUGUUGCCAAGCAAGCUGAGGAUAUUGAUGCAGAGAUGCUGACCUUUCCCAGACAACUUGAACAUAUUGGGAUGGCUUCAAGGAUUUGUAAAGAUGACAUAAUUAAGGAUUUGGAGCAGGAGAUCCAGAAGAUUGAAGAAGUGAAACAGUUUAGCAGCAACCAGCCUAGCCUUUUACAGCAAAUAGAUCAAUUUCUGAAGAGAGCAGACUCCAAGCUUGCAGACGUGGGGGUGUCCCUAAAGGACCUACAGGCUUUGUGCGACGCUGUUGCAGAGUACUUCUGUGAAGAACCAACAACCUUCAAACUUGAGGAGUGCUGUUCCAUCUUUUACUCGUUCUGUCAAAGGUUUGACAAAGCUGUACAGGAGAACAGGGAGCGAGAAGCUGCUGAACAGAGACACAAACGCACAGAGAGCAUACGAUUAGCUACCAAACGAUCCUCGGUAGCAUGUAGUUCAACACCCGAACCAGCUGAUGGUUCGUCAUGCUUGGAGUCUGCGCUGCACAACCUUUUAUCUAAGCCCAAAUCUGAUCUAACUAGAUGUCGCAAGAGCAAUCCAUCCCUGGCUGAGCUGUUGCAUUCUGAAUCCUGUACUCAAACUAUGCAAAGCGAUUUACCAACACCUUAUAAAUCUAAGGUCAGACCAGAGAAGAAACAAGCAAAACUGCUUAAAGAAGACCUAAAACUGGAAAAGUUAGAGGAAGAAGCCGAGAAGAUGCGUGAGAUAACUCGGAAGGUGCUUCUCUAUCAAAACGCCAAAGGCAGCUUUCAUGAUGAGAAUGUAUCGGGGACUCCAGGGCAUGCGAAUGGAGAACAAAAUGAUGCUGGCACUCCACAUACCCCUCAGCCUAGAACUAGAGACUACUUUUUUGCUGGUGAUGGAAAUAUGGGAUCUCCUUGGACUAUUUUGAGUCCCUUAAGCUGCUCUCCACGAAACAGCCCGCUGAGAAACAGAUUACGGAGAGUAUCAUCGACGCUCAGCGGAAAUGAUCCUGAUGAUCAAGUCUGGGAGAGCGACGAACACAACUUACUGACAAAUGGCAGCAGUCAGGAAAGUCUGACGGCCCCUUCUGGAGGAUCUGCCUCCCUUCCUGAGUGCCUCCGUCAGAGAGCUCUCUCUCAGGCGCCGCUGCUCAGGUCGGCCUCCGUGGAUGAAACCCUGCGCUCUCCUGGAAUGGGCUUCCGUCUGAGAUACUUGUUCCAGAGGAGCAUAACUCAAAGAUCCUACUCCUCCGGUUCAAAAACGGGAAAAAUGAAUGAAGACAGAAGUGGCACAACUGUGGGGAACUAUUCUGAGGGCACAUCUGGAUUAAAGUCCUUGCUGAAAAUUAUUGGAGGCAGAAGUAAGCUCAGCGACUUGGAGGAACAAAACUUCAAAGUAUCCACUACUUAAUUUAAAGUUUUAAAGACAAAAUUUAGGCUUCAUUGUUUUUUUGUUGUUGUUUUUAGAUUUAAUAUAUUUUUAACAUUUGUAUAUUUAUUCGUCCUGUUUUACCCUUUAGUGUACACAAGGCAAUUGGGAACUUGCUUUGAACUCUAAUGGGUUCCUUUUUUUUGUUGUCAAACCAAAUUCUAAAA